AUGGCAUCUCCUCCAACUUUCGAGGCCAUCCAUGUGGAGUCCGAGGGAGAGGCGAAGAACUCUCCCAAGACUCCUCGUGGCUGGAUGAAGAAAGCAGCUCUGGCCCUGGCCCUGGGCCUGGGGGUCCUGGGCUUCAUGGCCAUGCCGAGACUUGGGGCUUAG